AUGCUACGGCGACGCUCCAUCACGACCUGCCCGGGGAAGCGCGCCCUCGACGCGGCCAUGCCCCCGAGGAAGCGCAAGCGAUCCAUCGAGACCCGCGACGACGACGACUGCUUGCGGCGCAUGGACCUCGAGAGCGCAGCGCUCAUGCGCCGAGUCCCUCGCAUCGAGCUCGGGCGCUUCGUCAUCGACACGUGGUAUCCGAGUCCAUACCCCGCGAGCGCGUACCCGGAUGGGACGCUCUACCUAUGCGAACGCUGCCUCGGGUACACGAGCUCCAAGCGGUUUUUGCAGCACCACAAGCGGACCGAGUGCGCGCUCAGGAAGCCACCCGGGCCCCGCGUCUACUACGAGAAGGUCGACCGUCUUGCUCUCUACGACGUGGACGGGAAGCUCGAGACGACGUACGCGCAGAACCUCUGCCUCCUCGCCAAGCUCUUCAUGGACCAAAAGACGCUCUACUACGACGUCACGCGCUUCCGCUUCUACGUGCUCUGCCGCGUCGACGACGAUGGAAGUCACAUCGUCGGGUACUUUUCCAAGGAGAAGAUGUCACCCGAGGGCUACAACCUCUCGUGCAUCGUCGUGCUCCCGCCAUACCAGCGGCACGGGUACGGCUCGCUCCUAAUCUCCAUCUCGUACGCCAUCUCGGCGCAUGAUGGCCAACUUGGGACGCCCGAGCGACCCCUCUCAGCCCUUGGCCAGGCCGCGUAUGUGGAAUACUGGAAGCAUUGCGUCCUGCGAGAACUCGCGGCGACGUCGGGGGUGGUAUCCAUUGCAUACCUUACCGACCGGACGUCCAUACUCCCGCAAGACAUUGCGGUGGCGUUGCUAGCGUGCGGGCUACUCAAAACAGCGUCGCCCGAGAUCCCAGCGACGCAAACCAUCCGAGCCUCCAAAGCCCGCGUGCGCGCUGCGCUCGAGAGCGUCCGCCCGCUCCGGCUGUGCCAACCGCGCGCGUUUGCAUGGCGAGCGCUGCGACCGUCGACGACGCCUUGA